GCGAAUGGCUGACGGGGCCGUCAUUCGCAAAAGAAACUUCCACGGGAGCGCUUGCGGAGCGCUCGAUAGAACAACACGACUGAAAGUACCUUUUCCACAAGGUGGAAAGGGCCCCGCGGGUGUGUGAGAAACGAAAGAGAGAUCACGUGAGCGAGAGCGAGAGAGAGCGAGUGAGUGAGCAAGAAAGAGGAAGUUGAGCAGUGUUUUUCGGAGCAAGUGAGCAAACAGUGUGCGGCCGAACUAGCAGCGGAGUGUAGCACACGAUACAACAAUAUCAGCAACAAAAAGGUUGAAGUGAAACAAAGCGAGCGAGCAAGAUAGAGAAAGCAAGCUAGAGGCUGUGUGCGUGCAUGUGAUAGCAGAGUGUGUGUGUGCGUGGAUUUCUCUGUGUGUUAGAAGGAAGUGUGGAGUGUGGGCACUGCUGGCAGAGGCAGAAAAUCAAUAGUCCUUCCCGAGUCCUUCGAAACGGUUUUUGAGGGAGAGCGAAGCAAAACAACAGGGCUACGCAACCACGUCGCAACACACACACUCCGUACGUUACCAGAGCGAUUGGUUGCCGUGAGUGAGUGUGGCUGCGUGAGUGAGUGUAUGUUUGGUGUUGGGAAAGGGCAAAAGUGGUGCAAAAAAUCAGCACAACUGAGAGCAAAACAGUGAGUUUUGUACAGUUUGGUUGAAGUAAAAAUUCGACCCAAGCAGAGCAGCAACAAGCAUCGGCAACAGCAAGCAGAAGCACGACCGAGAACGGAGGAAGGAGUGUGUACCUCACGGAAAAGAAAACGAGUGCAAAGUUUUGUUUCGUAACGCCAUCAUCUCAAGUAAAAUCUCAAAAGCCACGGCUGAGUCAGAAGAGAAGUGAAGUUUUUCCAGCCACUAGUGUGUGAUUUUUUGUUUUACCACUGAUUUCACUGUGACCACCACCAUACGCUCUGCAUUGUGGUGUUGUGUUGAAUGCGUGUGUGUGUGUGUGUGUGUGAUAAGCAAAUCCUCACGCACAGUGUGUGAUACAGCGGGAAAGAAACCUUUUUGCCUGAACCGAGGGAAGCCAAACUCCCGACGGCAAAUUUGACGACGGCGGUUGUACCAGAGAUUCCCGUCGGCCGAUUGCAAUCGGAAGACUGAGGGACAGCAGCAGCAGCAGCAGCAGCAGCCAGCAAGGAGCAGAAGACUGACCACAAGCAACAUCGUAGCAGCAGCAGCAGCAGACCACAGCAGUAGCCAUUAACACUGUUGUGCGUAGCAACCACAAGGAUUACUCCGUCGGUGUGAAAGAAUUGCAGCAUUCGACGCAGCAGCAGUAGUAGUGUUGUGUGUGCGUGUGUUCUUGGUGGUGUUCCGUGUGUUUGGUGCGUUGGCAAACGAAAUAAGGCCAGCCGUAAUUUGAAAUGAAAGUGUGACCAAACGCGGUUUGUGCGGAGAGUAAAAAAGGUGUUAGAAUUUACGCCCGAGUGUGACGUGUAUGUGUGUGUGUGUGCGGUGGAAUAAUCGAUCGGUGCCAAAUGAAAAAGCAGAGUUGAACCACCGCAACACGCAACAGUAGCGAGAGAGAGAUAAGUGUGUGCCGUGCGUCGAGGUGUCGUUUAUUGAGUGCGCGUACAUCACAGUGUGUGUUGUGUCCCACGAUGGCCAUGGCAGCGUGCUAUCCGACCUACGACCACAUGACCGGCGGCAGCAGAAAUGUGGCUCAGCAGCAGCAGCAGCAGCAUCUCGUGCAACAGCAGCAGCAGCAACAGAGUCCGGUCGCGGCCACUAGUCAGCUGCACCAUCUGUCGUCGCGGCUGUCGGCCGCGGCAGCUGCAGCAGCGGCGGCCGCAGCGGCCGCUGCCGCCGCCAGCAACAUGUCGGCGGUGCAGAAGGAUUUCAGCAUACCGCUGCACGUGGACUGCAGCGUGGAGUACGAGCUGCCGAACCAGGCGAAGCCGCCGGUCGGUGCCCGGGUGGAGCCGCUGCUGAUGAUCCAUCCGUGCUACUUCCGCAAGAUGGAGAGUCAGCGGCGCAGCCCGUUCAUCAACAACAUGCCAAAUUCGUCCCGUAGUUCUAGUGCGUCGAUCGCGGCCAAGGCUGGUGGCAACGGGGGGGCCGUCGGCAGUGGUAGCAGCAGCAGCGUUGCCAGCAAUGCCGUCACGUCCAGCAGUGCGUCGGCCGCGGUCGAUUCUGUCGCGAGCCGGCGGAGUGCCGUGGCCGCGGCUCACAAGUCGUCGUCGGCGUCGGCCGCUGCGGCUGCGGCCGCAGCCGCCGCCGCUGCCGUCUCCACCAGCAACCAGUUCCUUCAGCUCCAGCUGGACGAUUACGUUCAGCGGCAAAUGCAUCGCUCGUCAGCGGUCAACAGUCAGCAGCAGCAGCAACAACAACACUAUGCUGCUGCUGCCAACAACACAGUCAAUGGUCAUCUGCAGCAGCAACAGCAGCAGCAUCACCACCAGCAGCAGCAGCAGCAGCAGCAGCAGCACCACAGUCGCCACCAGCAACAACAGCAGCAACCUCACCACCAUCAUCACCAGUCGCAGCAGCAGCAUCUCGCUGGACAGUCCGCGAACCAGUACAGCCUCACCAACAGUCAGUCUCAGCAGCAGCAGCAUCAGCAACAGCAGUCUGCGGCUGUGACAACCUCCGACUGGGGCCGCUACCACAUGGGUUCGGCGGACUGCGUCAGCUCCGGGGGUGGUGCUGCCGGUGUUGCUGGCAGUGUGGUACGCAACGGGGGCAGCUACGGUAGCAAGCUGUCCAACAACAACAACAACAACAACAGCGUCUACAACACCAGCAACACCGGCAACAGUAACAGCAGCAGCAGCAGCAACAAAUCCAAAAGUGUCACUAGCGCGUCGAUGAAGCGCAGCAACGCAAGUAAUACGGGUAUCAGUCAACACCACCAGCAGCAGCAGCAACACCAGCUUCAGCAACAGCAGCAGCAGCAGCUGCUGAUGCCGGCCAGCUGCGCCGUGUACAACAGCAGCACCGCGAACGGUGUCAGCAGUGGGCUGGUCGAGGGCGGCGGUGCUGGUGGUGGGCCCCGCUGGGGCGACAUCGAGAAGACUUCAAUGGCGGCGGCGGUGCCGCGCGAUUUCCAGGCCGGCCCCGAAUCGCUCCCGAUGAAGGCGGGCGGGCUCGUGUCCGCCGCCAACCUGCCGCCGCCGCCGCCCUCCGCCUACCGCAGCGGGGGCAAGCGGGACGCGAUGCUGUCCGGUGCCGGCGGCUGUGCAGUGUACAGUAGUAAUAGUAACAGUAAUAGUAACAACACUAGCGGUAGUAAUCGAGGCCACAGCAACACCGGCGGCAGCAGCGUUGUUGCGGCCAACGGCACCACCACCAGCACCAUCACCACCACCACCGGCAUUCCCAGCACGGACCUCAGCCUGUGGGAGGCGGCGGCGAACGGCGGUGGUGGGGCCGGCACUACCAACUCCACCCUGCCGGACAAGAGCUCGAUGACGGCGGCCAUUCCGCGAGAUUAUCACGCGGCCGGUCCGGAGCAUCUCGCGGCUUGCAACAAGCUGGCGGCUGCACGGCAACAGCAGCAGCAACAGUACCAGCAACAGCAACAACAGCAACAACAGCAACAUCAUCAUCAGCAGCAGCAGCAACAUCACUCCCAGCAGCAGCAGCAGCAACAGCAACAACAGCAUCGUCAACAGCAACAUCGCCAGCAGCACCAGCAGCACCAGCAGCAGCAGCAGCAACAGCAGCAGCAUCAUCAUCAGCAGCAACAACACCUGCAUCAUCAGCAGCAACAGCAGCAGCAACAUCAUCACAAUCACCAGGUUGCGGUGGCGGCGGCCGCUGCUGCAGCGGCGGCAGCGGCCGAAGCGUCCGAGAAGCUGCUGUUUGCGGCCAAGUACCGGCAGCACCAGCGCGCCUCCCAUCGGCUCCACCCGUACAUGAUGAGCUCCAGCUUUACCCCGCUGAUGACGGCGGCUUUCCCCCCCAUGCAGCAGGUGUCCUGCUACAACGUGUGAUUCUAAGCAGGAGGGGUGGACCAACAACCGUAACAACAAUCGGUAACGGGUGGUGGAUGAAAAUGUUGCUGACGUGUGUUCCUUCCGGUGUGCGCGCGUGCGUGUGUGUGUGAAUGCACGCAUGGGGGUGGCAAGUGAUAAGAGCAGUAGGAGAGGGGAGGGAAAAAGAAAUUCAGUGAGAUGUUUGUAACGCGUUCGCGCUUUUUCUGUUUCUGGCAAAGCUGUUCUGUUCUGUUCUGUUUAUUAUUAUUAUUAAUAUUAUUAUUAUUAUUAUUAUUAUUUCACUUUGGUCGUUAGACGAAACAAUGUUGCAAGCACGUGAAGAUGGAAAAUUUCUUUCGCCCAAUCGCCAAUGCCCAACACUGCAAAGAGAAAGAGAAGGCGAGUUAGAUAGGAGUGCCAGAGUUGCAAAGAGAUAAGGGCAUGCAGUAGUUGAAGGAGGAGCCAGAGUAGUUGAAGAGGAAGGAGACGUUGGCGGUGACGGCCACUCUCGUCAAGCAUGUAUAAAAAUAGACAGCAACUUUUUUGUUGCAAAUUUAAAUGUGAUAGUAGUUUUUACUCCCAAAUAAUAACUUCAGCUAAAACAAAAGAAGAAGAAAAAAACGAGGAACGACUAAAGGAACGACCGCAACUUUGACCGCAAAGAGACACUCUCUGAGGAGGGGGAGGAGGAGUUGGUAGGGGAGGUGGAAAGGUAGUGUACCAGCACUACACCUCUUCACGCCUCUUCUCCUCACCCACCCCGUCUUGGGAAGAGAAUACUAGUGCUAUGCUAAUUGACUAAUUGAUAUAUGACUUUAGAGAAGGCGACACGCGCAAAAUUCACAUCUGACGGUUUUGUUUUCCGUUUUAUGUUUGUCGUAGAUUUUCUUUUCCAAGCAUAACCGAUUAGCGGACGGCGCAACUGUGUGCGCGUGUGUGUGUUUGUAUGUGGGAGGGAGUGGGUGCGCGAGAAGACUACUUUUAUGUUGCCUAGGUGUUGAUAAAGGAUGAUAAAACAAAAACCAACUGAAAAAUAAUAAUACAACCGGACGACAGCACGUGUCCGGCGUGUUUAGUGAGUGUUUGGCUUUAAUCGAACGGUAGUACGGGAUAAAUAUACAUAUAUCUAUACACACAGACACAGACAUACGCAUUACACACAGGACACAAACCUCUAUAUAUAUACUACGUAUUAAACGGAAGAAAUGUGCGAAGAAGCAACAUAACUAUAUCUAGCCUCAACAAAAUUCCUUUCGUUUCUACUCAUGAAAACCCACACAACACACACAAACCCUCUAACGGAAGGGUGGACAGGCAACAACUGUAAACUUUGCAUGUAACUCGCGAUACACUAAAGCAAAACAAAGAAGUACGUUUAGUAAAAAAACAA